AUGGAGAGGGAGCACUCCACUCAAUUGAUUAAAGGAGAUGUCAAGGAUUUCGAGGUUGGUGAGGUUGAAAAUUUUCUCACUUAUGGCUCCAUGGAGCGAAUUGGAAGGGAAUGCAAUUUCUUUGAGUUUGGUGGCAUUGUUAUACGGUAUACUUGGUUUUGCGCCGCUAGAACUUCUGGGUUUGCACCGAGUGCGAGUGGUUUUGCGACUGCUUCUGCACCGCUCCUUGCAUCUCCGCAUCGCAUCUGCCUAUGCGACCUGGUCACCUGCUUGCAUCUGCUUCUGCGGCGAUUGCUUCUUUAUGACUAUUCGGGAUAUGGAGCAUCCACUGGUAAGCCAUCUGAGUUCAACACAUACUAUGACAUAGAAGCCGUGUACAAUUGUUUGAAGAGCGACUAUGAAAUUAGACAGGAGGAUUUGAUAGUGUAUGGCCAAUCUGUUGGAAGCGGACCAACACUGCACUUGGCUUCUCAAUUGAAAAAACUCAGAGCCGUUGUUCUUCACAGUGCCAUCCUUUCAGGCAUACGAGUCUUGUAUCCUGUCAGGUUGACGUUUUGGUUCGACAUUUUCAAAAAUAUAGAUAAAAUACGGCAUGUCAGCUGUCCGGUUUUAGUUAUUCAUGUAAGUACCUAUUUCCUUCAUUCAUUUGAAACUAUUUUGUUUGAGUAUCAUUCUUUUAGAAUUCAAAGAGUUUGUGUUGUGGUUCUAAUGUCGUUAAUCUUCCCGCUCCUGCCUACUAACCAGCUCCUGGAGUCGAGGGGUCGAAGGCAGCAAGGAGCUCCUGAGGAAAGGGUGUUGUCUGCAUCGAAGAAGGAAGAAGAAGAAAUGAAGGGUUGGCCUCCAAUGGCUAGUUUUUGUUUAAACGUGUGA